AUGUUCUGUUCUUCCCUCCGCAAGCGUCCGGAAUGGACACCGGCGAUUCCCCUCCUGGCCGGCAGCACGCCCCGACUCCAAGAGAGCAGGUUGAGCACGCACGACAUCGCGCUCCCCCUCCCGCAGCAGCAGCAGCAGGGCCGCUUCCUCCGCCUGGUCCUCCUCUCGCCAAAGGACGUCGGGACGGCAGCUACGGAGGAGCGCAUGGAGCGCCUCUUCAACCUCGACGGAGGCCGCGACGCGGUGGUCGUCUUUCUCCUCGACCAGCAAGGACGAGGCACGAACCCGACGGAGGCCUUCAUGGCCCUACAGAUCGAAAUUCUCAACAAGCUCGAGCUCCCUCUGGUCCCUUUAGCCUCUGUGGCAGCCCUCCCAUCCACCCUCGCCAACCUUCAAACCGUCCCCGCCACCACACAGCCCACCGACUCUCCAGCCCAAGUCGCCCCCAUCUCCCUCCUCCAGCACAUGAGUAGCGGCAGCGGCCCCCUUUCGGAGCACGCAGCAAACCUUCUCAGUGAAUUAGGGCGAUCACCGUGUGAAGUGGCCGUUCUUGCUGCGACGGACCAGGGGAGAGCGCAGAUCCUGGAUCUACUUGGGCCGGCAGAGGGAACCCGAGUUCUCACGUUUCUGGCACAAGAGAGACCAGUCUUCGCUUGA